UAGUUCUGUCACAAAUAUGAAUGACAAAAAUAAUUAAAAAGAUUAAUUUAACCAGAAAGUAAAAACAAAAGUUCCACUCCUCUUGCAGAGUUCAUCUCUGACGGCUUAAAUCAAAUCAAAUCCAUUUAAUUUUCGACGAACAAAAUUUCCUCUGUUUCCUUCAUCUUCCCAGAAGUUUCCCCCACCAAAUGCGACAAUAGUUCAACCUUCAAACAUGGCUGACUCAGUUUUUAAUCUUCCAAAUUUCCAUAUAAAUUCAACAGAUUUCAUUACCUGGUUCGCCGUUCUCCAGAUUUUGCGUCCAAUUUUUGAAAUCCAAGACGAGAUAACAAAAAGCCCUAAAUCCUUCCCCUGUUCCACAGCGCUCUGUUUUCAGAAAAUUUCACAGUGCGAUUAAAAACAGAACCUAGAAAAAUGGAAGGAAAGAGGACGGCAGGGAACGAAUUAGGGAGGAGAUCGUCGAACGAAGCUCGUUACCGGGGGAUUCGGCGGCGGCCGUGGGGGAAAUUCGCGGCGGAGAUUCGAGAUCCGUCGCGGAACGGCGCUCGGCUCUGGCUGGGGACGUUCGACACGGCGGAGGAGGCGGCGAGGGCGUACGAUCAAGCGGCGUACGCAUUCCGAGGGCAUUUGGCGAUUCUGAAUUUUCCGAAUGAGUACCAAAGUGGAAACCCUAAUUUAGCGGCGGCGUUUGGCUCCUCUGCUACGGCGGCGGCGUCUUCUUCGAUCUCUUUCGCCGGAAAUUACUCCGCGAACAAUGCCUGCCGGCGACCGGACGAAGUGAUCGAGUUUGAGUAUUUGGAUAAUGAGCUCUUGGAGGAGCUUCUGCAAUCGGAAGGGGACGGCUUCAAUCGGAAGAACUGAAGAAAAUGGUGACCAGUUUUAAAGCAAGAAAAGGGAAAUUAUUUUGGGGAUUUUAUAAUUUUCGAUUUUUUCUUUUCAUAUAUAUAUUUUUUUAAAA